UUCCGGAGGUCGGUCGCCGGAGUUCUUUUGCCGGCGAGAUUUAGCGGUCCCAAUUUCAUAAGCGGCUCGUUCUAUUAAGUCAGCGAAAAUUCUCCGUUACAAGAUGGUUCACGACAUAGGCUGUAGGGACUUUUUGAUGAAACAAGUAGGGGAAGACUGGGAUAUGUGGUUCUUUAAAAUGAAGUCUGCUAUGGAUUACAGAAUUAUGCAAGGGGAACAGUGGUUACGAUCUGAGGGCUCUAGGAUACACUUCAUGCUUCGUUAUGUUCCAGAUAUAGAGCCAUAUAGAUUUGUUCAUCGUAGGUAUGGGGAUAUGUGGACUCCAGAAGGGUAUUUCAAUAGGAAUAAGCAUACCUACGGAUACAGAACCUGCCUUCCGAAAAGCACUUCCUCACUGACCUUAAAUACUGCGAGAAUGAGUGGAGGGUUCGUGAGACCAGGGGUCAAAACCCUUCUACUUCAUCUGAAAGGGGAAAGUUCGAGCAAUAGGGCCAUAGAUGGGAAUUCUGAGAACCCAGGGGUCAUACCUGAACCGCCAUCAGCACCUGUGGCAAAAAGGCCAAGAUACCAGCCAUUUGAGGAUGAGUUGUUAGCUGAUGACUUUCAGAAUCUUAGGACAGUCACUUACGUCUCUGAUGAUGAAAGGAACAAUAGGACCUUCAUUAUAGUGUUGGGUGGGGUCCAGGUUGUACCAGGGUUACAUGGGGAGGAUGAUGAUGAUGAGCCACCUCCACUAGAGGAUAUACCAGUUGAGGAGAGGACCCUGCUGAGAAUGAAGACCCUGUUGAGGAUGAGAAUCCUAGAUAUAUUCUUUGAGGACGGCGAGCCUGAGGCAGAUGAGAUUGACCUUGAUGGAGGGAUGGAGGAUUCUGGAUCAGAGGAUGAAGCUCACCGUCUUGGCCCAUAG